UCUUAACCCUAAUAUUUCGUUCUGGACAGCCAUCGUCUAGAAUAGAAUCCUCUUCAUAUGCCAUUCCUCUGAUAACCUCCAAUCGCACCUCACCGGCGUUGGCCACGAGAAACAGUGGAAGGAGCAGCCCUACGCACACAGAUUUACGUCUCACAACACCUCCAUUACAGAUUUUGCGUUUCUGAUAGAUUGUGAUAUCUCUUUCAAGAGUAAAGAAUGGGUGAUAAGAAGAAAAAGGCUCAGAUGUUUGUGAAACUAGUGUCUGCUGCCGGCACUGGAUUUUUCUAUGUAAAGAGGAAGCCAAGGCAGUUCACGGAGAAGCUUGAGUUUCGAAAAUUUGAUCCUAGGGUUAAUCGUCAUGUUCUCUUUACAGAGGCUAAGAUGAAGUGAUUUGGUACCUUGUAUGGCUUCAUUUCCCUUUAACUUGAUCAUUCUUAUACUUCUCUCAAAGGAUUUUCUAUGUUUCUGUUGAUUUUACCUUGAUUUAUGUAGUUCUAGGAUAGAUUUGUUUGGUUUAGAUUAGGAAAUUACCUAAAUAAGAGACGAUUGUGGCAGCUUUGUGUUGGAGUUUUGUAACAACUGUUUCAGAACAGAAUCGAAAGAGCAAUUAUGUUGGGUAGUUAAUUUUGGUUUAGCCAACAGUUUGGUUGGAAGCCAAAAUUAUAUCCUCUGUUCUGUUUUUUAGAGAAUAAUGAGAAGUUCUCUAGUUUUCUAUAUCCUCUACAUUCCUUUAGAAGUUGUGAGUGAGUGGCACUGAGUGUGCAGGUGAGAGAGGCGAGGUAUGAUUGCAUAAAAUGAAGUAUUACCAGUUUACAAAUUACAAUUGCACAGUGACGGUUCGCAGCUUUUUUACACACAAAAAUAAUGGUCGAUAGAGGUUUAUUUUUCUGAUUUUUUGUUUUAAUACUUCUGAAAGGGAAAGAGAAUUGUUUAUGAUAAAAUGAAGUCUUUGAUGUUGAGGAAUCAGUCUAGAAGUCCUCUUUUGUCAGUGACUUCUACUGGAUCUUUAUUCAAUGAUUUUACUUUAUUAGUCGCUUAA